ACACACACCCACACACACAUUGUUAGUGAUAUGAAAAGCAGCUUCACCCUCCUCAUCUCUUAGUUUGAAGAGUUGCCGUCUGGCUGUGAGCGACUACAUUUUCUGGCCUUCUCUCAUCGUUGCUCCUACAAAAAAUAGAACAAAAUUUCCUAACAUUCCCAGCAUCUGCACUUCACUAGAUCUACUGGAUCAUCUGAGAGAUUCGACUGAAUCAAGAUGCUGCUGAUGAUUGAAGCUCUUCUACUAAUUUCAGCUGCCGUAGGAGAGGAUCUCAGAGCGGCUGCUGCUGUCAAAGGACAGAUAUUUCCAUUGGAUAUGGCAGUGAAUUCUGUUGAUGACGAUUUUAAGGGCUGUAGAGAGAACAUGGCAAACCUGGUGAAGACAGAAUAUCUACAGAAGGAACUCAAUAACUCAGCUGAAUUUAAUAAGGCUUGGAAAAAAGGUCUAGAACAUGGCCAGAAAGAUUACAGUAAAGAUAACUUGACAAGCAAUCAUUCAGUUGCCAUUUAUGUGUACACUGAUGAUAUGGUAUUUCGUGAUUUCAAUAAUGACACUCGUUACGGUAAACAAAACUACACAAACAAGACAUACAAAUGGUAUUCACUUCAUUUUUUGUUAGCAGAUGCGAUACAGAUUCUGAAGAAAACACAAAAAGGAUGCAUGACAACUUAUCGUCGUACAAAUGUUAAAUUUAAUGAGAACGUACUGAACACAACAGUUCGUUUUGGAUCAUUUGCAUCUUCCUCUCUUCAUAGUAACAAAACUAUUUUUGGAAAUGUGUCUUGUUUUAAUAUCAGUACUUGUUAUGGUGCUGAGGUGACAAAAUAUUCUAAGCUUCCUCGUGAGAGAGAGUGGCUGAUUCCUCCGUAUGAGAUGUUUAAUGUCAUUGAUGUCAAGACGAGAAGAGAUCAGAAAGAUCUCUGGUGUGACACUGUGUUUGUGUUGAAUAGCACUGGAACACAAAAUGAUCUGAACUGUGCUUUAUUCAGGGGACCAAGUCCAAAAAUAAGUAUUAUGUUUGGAAUGGAACAAAUGUUUUGAAUGAACAUUUCCACACAAAUCAAUAUAAAUGUAUCUCUUUCCUCUCAGUGUACUGAUUAUUUGUCAGAGAAUACAACUUCAACAAAAUAAAGUUAAUUUUGAAGUGACCCAA